UUGUAUCUUUUUACAGUUAAAAGGCUAGAAUUACAGCAAAAGAGCUACAACCAAACGUUUCUUUAUAGUGGAGGUUCCAUCAUUGUUGACUAAACUUAUGGCCAACUCCAACAAAGAUAUUCUUUCUCCCUAUCUUUUUCAUUAAUAUGAUGACUCAUGAGAACUUAGCACUACUAUGUGGUACUAUGGUGCUGUUGUUCUGAAGAGAGGAGUAUCAGAGAAUUACGUCAUCGAACGUUUCUACUAAUAGGCAAAGGCUUUUUGCAGCUCAUGUUAUAUGUAGUAUCUGUUAAGCCACCUGCAUAUUUUCAAAGAGUUGCUUUAAGGUUUUUAGUGUCCAUCGUCUAAGAAUAUAUCGAUCUCAGAUGGAUGUUCAACGUUCUCUAGAACAAGAGAAAACUUCAGGCAAAGAUGAUGUAGAUACAAUUAGAACUGGAACUUUGUGGACUGCAGUUGCACACAUAAUUUCAGCUGUAAUUGGAGCUGGUGUGCUCUCUCUAGCCUGGUGCACAGCACAAUUAGGAUGGAUUGCAGGGCCAAUCACCCUGCUUUGUUUUGCAGUUGUUACAUACAUAUCUGCAUCUCUCAUAUGUGACUGUUACAGGUCACCUGAUCCCAUAACAGGAACGCGAAAUCCGUCUUACAUUGAUGCUGUUAGAGUUAAUCUUGGCAAGAAAUGGACGUGGUUUUGUGGUUUGCUUCAGUAUGUGAGCUUCUAUGGGACUGCUAUUGCCUAUGUAAUUACAAGUGCAACAAGUAUGAGAGAAAUUCAGAGAUCAAAUUGUUACCACAAAGGAGGAGAAAUAGCCAAUUGCCAGACUGGGACAACCACUUUCAUGCUGAUUUUUGGCAUUAUUCAGAUAGUAACAUCGCAGAUACCAGAUUUUCAUAACAUGGCGUGGUUAUCUGUUGUUGCUGCGUUAAUGUCAUUCUGUUACUCUUUCAUCGGAUUGGGCCUUGGAUUUUCUAAAGUGAUUGAUAAUAGGGGUAUCAAGGGAAGUAUUGUGGGAAUACCAACAAGGAGUGCUGCUCAGAAGAUAUGGCUAGUUUUCCAGGCACUCGGAGACAUUGCUUUUGCCUAUCCUUAUUCGAUUAUUCUCCUUGAGAUACAGGAUACACUAAAAUCGCCUCCACCAGAAAAUCAGACCAUGAAGAAGGCGUCAAUAAGCGCGAUAGUUAUCACCACUUUCUUCUAUCUAUGCUGUAGCUGCUUCGGCUAUGCAGCCUUUGGGAACGACACACCAGGGAACCUCUUGACAGGUUUCUACGAGCCAUUUUGGCUUGUUGAUUUUGCCAAUGCCUGCAUAGUCCUUCAUCUGGUUGGAGGGUAUCAGGUAUACAGCCAGCCAGUAUUCGCAUUUGUUGAAAAAGGGGCAACUCAGAAGUACCCUGAGAGCAGAUUCAUAAAUAAAUUUUAUGCCAUCAAACUCCCGGUGUUGCCAGCUAUCCACUUGAACUUCUUCCGGUUAUGUUUUCGGACUCUAUAUGUUAUAUCUACAACAGCAAUAGCAAUAGCAUUUCCUUACUUCAAUCAGGUAUUAGGAAUCUUGGGAGCAUUGAACUUUUGGCCUAUGACCAUCUAUUUCCCAGUAGAAAUGUAUAUUGUGCAAAGAAAAAUUGGAGCUUGGACAAAAAAAUGGAUACUUCUUGAAGGUUUCAGUAUGAUCUGUUUGAUUGUAUCUGUACUGGGCUUGAUUGGAUCAAUUGAGGGAAUAGUUAGUGCUAAAUUAGCUAAAAUGUAAAAUUCUCUUCUUUUUGAUUCUCAAUAAUCUUACUAGUAAAUAGUUAGCAAGAUUUGUAAGACAAAAGACACUGUAUUCAUGCCAGUCUUCAAAUGGGAUUUUAUAAAUCUCAUUUUAGUAAAUUAA